AUUCACGACUGCCUCCCAGAUGCGAUCCAGUGCCAUCUCUCAAAAGGGGGUCUCUUCGGCUCUUCACAAGCGGCGGGGGACAACUGUAAGCCAGAAUACGGGGACAAAUACUACUGUAUCCUACUAUAGCUGCUGGCAACGGCACCCUUGGAAGACGGUCUCCAUCCUCACCGCCGAAAGCGAACUAGCUAAUUAAGUAACCCUCUGAAUCGCACGGAUGGGC